ACAACUCUUUUUCCAUAGGAUCAGUUAUAAAAAGAAUGGAAAUGCAACAAGCAGUUUAGUUUCUUGGUUUUUAGCAGUGAAAGGUAGACUCACCAGAGGCUUGCGAACAUUUCUGGAAAAAAACACUGGCUGCCUUAUUCAUCUCUCUAUGGUCAAUCGUUGUGUUUCUGAAGGACCAAAGGAGCAGAUUGGUUAGUGAAGAAUGCUGUCAGAAGGGUACCUCAGUGGACUUGCCUACAGGAACGACAUCCAUUGGAGUUGUGUAUCUUAUAAUGAACAGGUGGUUGAGGAAAUGGAAGAAGAGACAAAAUCUGCUGCUCUUUCCUAUUCCUCUGAGGAUGAAACACAAGUCAGAAGUCUCUACUUGAGCUGCAAAUCCUCUGGCAAGUUUAUUUCUUCAGUGCAUUCCAGAGACAGCCAACACGGUAGAAGCCAGAGAAUCACCAUGCUCCAGACAAACCCCAAUCCUGUGUUUGAAAGCCCAAACUUGGCUGCAGUUGAAAUAUGUAGAGACCCCAGCAGAGAGACCUACUUGGUUCCACCUUCCUGCAAAAGUAUUUGCAAGAAUUACAAUGACUUACAUAUUGCAGGGGGCCAGGUGAUGGCCAUUAAUUCAGUGACAACAGAUUUUCCCUCUGAGAGCAGUUUUGAAUACGGCCCUUUGCUGAAAUCGUCUGAGAUUCCUUUGCCCAUGGAGGAUUCCAUUUCCACUCAGCUCAGCGACUUUCCCCAAAAACCUAUCCAGCGCUAUUCAUCCUACUGGAGAAUAACGAGCAUCAAGGAGAAAAGCAGUCUUCAAAUGCAGAAGCCUAUUUCUAACGCGGUGCUGAAUGAGUACCUGGAGCAGAAGGUGGUGGAGUUAUAUAAGCAGUACAUUAUGGACACUGUAUUUCAUGACAGUUCCCCUACCCAGAUUCUGGCAUCUGAACUCAUCAUGACAAGUGUGGACCAAAUUAGUCUCCAGGUGUCUAGAGAGAAGAACCUGGAGACCUCCAAAGCCAGGGAUAUAGUCAUUCACCGCCUCUUACAGUUGGUGUCCACUGAAAUCAGCACUCCUAGUCUCCACAUUUCUCAGUAUAGCAGUGUGAAUCCAUAGAGAGGAUGCUUCCGUUCCUCUCUCAACCACUCACAGCUAAAGCAACACUUUAUUCAUUUAUUCUGAGAACGUGAAGGAGGGGGUUGUGAAGGAAUCAAGCGCUAGGGAAGUAAAGGUCAGCUGGAGGUCAGGUGUCAACUAAGAGGAAAUCUCAUAAUAUUACACGUGGUGCAGGCAUGUGGGAAGAGGAGCUAUAAAGAAUGAUUUCAAAGCAAGUGUUGUAGAGCAACAAAACAAAAAUAAAAAUGAUCAAAAAAGUGAAGUCAGGAUGCAUUUAAGGGAGUACAGAAACUGAAAAGAUAAGCCAAAGAAGAACACACAUCAUGGCAAAAAUAAAAAGCCAAAGGUUUCAGGGUAAAGAGUAAGAAUGUUACUCAAAAAAAACUCCUACCAAGUUGUUUUUUCUUGCGGGAAAUGGACUGUAGAAAACUGCAGUCCUUCUACAGCAGAGAGGUUCAAACAGUUUUCAACAUAUGUUUAUCUCUCUUUUCUCUGUUCUGUAUCAGUAGAUCACUUAAAAUAUAUUCUUCAUAAACAUUAAAACAGUAGCAAAUUGCAAUUGUGUUUUUCUUUUUGAAUGAUUACUUAGCUACAGCCCCCAAACAACCACUCCAAUCUCCAAAUUCUGUUUAUUGGUGGAGAUGAAGUUUUUUAAACAGAAAAGGCCACAUAGUGCAUAGAAAACUAUUUGAAUUUGCUGCGUAUGAUUUUCUUGGUGAUAUGAAAUUAGGAAUCUUGUUUUUUUCCAUAGUUUGCCUUUUCUCCAUGCUCUCUUGACCCUUCUGGAGUCAGAAAGGGGUUUUCAUAUCCUGAAAACAAGGUUACAAGUUCCAGGGUCCCAUGAUAUCACAUUCUGUACAUUCAUGCACAGAAUGGUAGCUUCGUGCUCUACUUCCUUUCUCUACUUCCUUUCUCUAGCUCAGGGAUUGGCAAACUAUGGCUCAUUGGCCAAAUCCAGCCUGCCACCUGGUUUUGUUUUUUGUUUUUUGGAGAUAUAAUUGACGUAACAUUAUAUUUAGUUUCAGGUGUACAACAUGAUUUGCUGUUUGUAUACAUUGUGAAACGAUCACCACGAUAAAUCUUGUUACAUCCUU